AACGGUAAACAAAUAAACAAAAACCCAGCACAGCUUCAUCAAAAAUAUUCACAAAAUGCAACCGCACCAGAUAAUUGCCUUCGCAGCACAAAUUCACUCCGCUCUGCCAUUAACAAACAACAUAGGUUCUUCUAUCCAUUUUCCUCAUUCAUCAUCUUUUCAUUUUCACUAUUGAAUCAUGUUCUACUGUUUUACCUUCUUCUCUAGUUUGGUAUUAGUUCAUAAUUCAUAAUAAUUAUUAAAUAAAUAAAUAAAAACAACAUAUUGAUAUGCCUAUUAUGUUGAAUUUCCCAUUUCAAUUUCAUUAUCCUGUUACUUGUUGUUUUAAUAAACUUGGUUAUUACACUUUUGUUACUCAUGCAAAUUUUUGUAUAACUACACAUAAUCAUAAUAAUAACUACCUUAGGAACAACAUUGUUUUCUUGUCACAACAACCUAAGCAUUUUGUGCCCUUAAUUGGGUCAUUAGGGUUUCAAAAUUCCACCACACCACUCAUGUCUGAGGAUGUUGGUCCUAGUGUUGACAUUGUUUUUACUCGACAAGAAUAUGAUGUGGUUGAAAAAAGAGAAAAAAUUGAUGCAUCUUUUGUGUCUCCUUGUGGGGAAUUGGAGGAUUUUGUUGAUGAUGUGAUUGAAGGAAGAGAAACAAUUGAUUCAUCUUUUGUGUCUUCUUGGGGGGAAGUGGAAGAUUUUGAUGAAGAAGGAAGAGAGGAAUUUGAUUCAUCUUUUGUGUCCAAUAAGAAAUUGCAUGUUUGGGAAGAAGGUGAUGUUCAAAGAAGAGAAGAUGUUGAUGAAGUUGAAGGAAGAGAAAAAAUUGAUACAUCUUUUGUGUCUCUUUGUCGGGAAGUGGAUGAUUUUGAUGACGGUGUUGUUGAUGAUGAAGAAAGAAAGGAGUUUGACUCAUCUUUUGUGUCCAAUAAGAAAUUGACUGUCUCGAAAGAAGUGGAAGAAGAUGAUAGUCAGAGAAGAGAAGAUGUUGAUGAGUCUUUUGUGGCGGAGAAGGAAUUGCGACGCCAGGGUUCUAAACAGGCGGGACUUAUGAAUGAGAAUGGAGCUCUCUUUUUGGAAGAAAUGGAUGAGAAUGUGCUAUCUAAUAGGAUUUUGGAGCUUAGUAGAACUAAUAAGAUUAGAAGUGCAAUGGAAUAUUUUAGGUCUAUGGAAUUGUUUGGUCUUUGUCCAAAUAUCCAUGCCUGUAAUUCUCUUUUGUUGGGCCUUCUGAGAAAUGGGUGGUUUGAUGAUUGCUUUAAAGUGUUCGAUUAUGUGAAAGCUAAAAGUGUAACUACAGGGCAUACUUAUAGCUUGAUUCUUAUGGCAUGUGCAAAAGCUCAAGGAUGUGAUUCAGCCCUUAAAUUCUUUAGGAAACUAGAAAGAGAAUGUGAUGUGAAGAAGGAUUUUGAUGUUGUUGUUUACAACACCAUGAUAUCAACUUGCAAGGAGGUAGACAAUUGGAGUGAAAUAGAGAGGUUGUGGAGUAGUAUGAAGGCAAAUGGGUGUGCCGCAACGUUGGUGACAUAUCAAUUGUUAAUUAGUAGUUUUGUACAUUGUAACCAAAGUGAGCUUGCUCUUUAUGCUUACCAUGAUAUGGUUCAAAAUGGAUUUGAACCAAACAACAAUAUAUUAAAUUCUGUCAUUUGUGUAUGUGCUAAGGAUGGAAAAUGGGAUGAUGCAUUAAGUGUCUUUCAGAAAAUGUUGAUGAGCGACUUAAAACCAAACUUAGUUGCGUGCAAUGUGUUGAUUAACUCGCUCGGAAGAGUGGGAGAACUCAAACUAGCAUUUCAGGUCUACAAUACAAUGAAAUCGUUGAGCGUAAAACCCGAUGCAUAUACAUACAACUCUCUACUGAGUUCUCUUAACAAGGCCAAUAGGCAUGGUGAAGCUCUUCAGCUUUAUGAUUGGAUCGAAAGAAAUCAAAUGAGUGAAUUCAAUAAACAUUUAUACAAUACCGCUUUAAUGUCUUGUUCAAAGCUUAGGUUGUGGGAUAAAGCUCUGGAAAUUCUGUGGCAAAUGGAAGCUUCUGGACUGUCGGAUUUGACGGUUUCGUAUAACCUAGUGAUCAGGACUUGUGAGCUUGCAAGGAAGCCGACAAUUGCGUGGGAGGUGUAUGAGCACAUGGUUCACCAGAAGUGCAGUCCAAACAUAUUUACUUAUCUGUCCAUAAUAAGAUGCUGCACUAGAGGAGAUCUCUAUGAAGAAUUAGAAGAAAUCCUAAAUAAGGCUGUCCCAAACGCCGCUCUUUAUAAUGCUGCUGUUCAAGGGAUGAGCUUAUGCGGCAAGGUUGACUUGGCAAAAGAGAUUUAUACAAAAAUGCUAGAGCACGGUCUUGAACCUGAUGUCAAAACACGAGUACUAAUGCGUGCUAUGAAAAGGAAAUAGUCUUUUAAUUGCUAUCUCCUUAUGUAGCACCCGACACUUCAUAGCAAAGACGUAUUUGGUGUCUGAUACCUGUCAUGUCCGACACAGCGCUGAUAUGACGCACAACACCGACACAUAUGGUUACAUUUAAUUACUUUCAUUUUCCCAAAUAAUUACCGGUAUUUACAUGUGUUUGGUGUCGUGUAUGUGUUUCAUAGCUAUCCACUAACAUAACACAGUUUUGAAACAAUGACCAAAGGAAGGAUAAUAUCAUUGUGAGCUGAAUCACGAUCGAUCAAACCAUAAAUAACUUUUUAUGGUGCUUGGAAACAGAACAGCAGACUAAAAUGUUACUAAAAAUCUAUAACAAUUGUACAGUUACCAUCUGCACUCCUUCCGAUCCUUCUACGGUGCUGAGUUAUGUAAGAAAUCUUGUUUAAUAUGUAUGUAAAUGAUGUAAAUGCCCAAAUUAUUGUACCCUUUUUUGUGUCAUGUUCAUAGACUUCAUUUUUAGACUUAGCUGGUGUCUCACUUGUAACUAGUUUCUGCAGUCAGUGUUGGCUCUUUACAACUUAUUCUCUAAAACACAUUCAUCUUGAAGUUACUCUUCCUCUCAGUUUUUGUUUUUAUGAUAUGUGGACAAUCAUACUUUUCAAUUUC